UAUCGAUCUGUGAAAACGUUGAGAGCGAAAAAUUAUUUAUAAAUAAUAUAUUUAAUAUUAAUAACUAAAUCUGAAAUUAAAAAAAAAAAUGAAACUGGAUAAUCUAUCUAAACAUGGGAUACUAACCGCAAGUUUAAUUAUAAUAUUUUUAACGGUGAUGACAAUUUGGCGGCAAAUAAAAUACAUGAAAUUAAUUAUUUUAACAUACAUGUUUAAGGAUUUCAUGAAUAUGAACAAAAUCCCCCGCCUUCGCUGGAUGUACCAAUUGCUGUUAUAGUCAUAUCAUUGAUUAUGAUCAUUAUAACUGGUCUAAUGAUUUUGGGAAUUAUUAAGCAACGUCUUUUAUUCAUAGCUCCCUGGUUGAUUCUUUUCAGUUUUGGUAUAGUUGGCGAAAUUAUCUUCUUUGUACAUCAGUUAAUAAGUUAUUUUUCUCUUGAACUAUUAUUAUAUAUCUUAUGUAUAAUUGGCAUACAAAUAUUGAUAUUCUCACCAAUUGCCUUUUUAUUCCACGAUAUACGCUGUAAAAAUCGAGAAAAACAUUUUUUUGAGCUGAAUCUAAAAGAAGAAGUUCAAACAAUUAAUUCUGAUCGAGUUGCAACAAAAAAUUUGUAAUUUAAUCUAAGUCCAUGUAUACUAAUUUAAGAGAGAAAAAGAAAUAAAUUAAAUCAUCUUAAAG